UCAACCAGAGGCUUCAUAGUUUAGAUCAAUCCAACGCUUUAAUCAUGUCGGAAGUGGAGGAGCAGGAGAAGAGACCAACUGAGGAGUCCACAGAUGACUCCGAGGAGGAGGACAGCGAGGAGGAGCCUAAGUUGAAGUAUGAGAGACUGGCCAAUGGCGUGUCGGAGAUCCUGCAGAAGGACGCGGCCAGCUGCAUGACUGUUCACGACAAGUUCCUUGCUCUGGGCACCCACUUUGGGAAGGUUUUCCUGCUGGACAUCCAGGGGAACGUGACACAGAAGUUUGAUGUAAGUCCGGUGAAGAUUAAUCAGAUCAGUUUGGAUGAGAGCGGAGAGCAUGUUGGCAUCUGUUCAGAGGAUGGGAAGGUCCAAGUUUUCGGGCUCUAUACCAGAGAAGGUUUCCAUGAGACUUUCGAUUGCCCUAUCAAGGUGGUUGCCCUACAUCCUCAGUUCAGCAAAUCAAACAACAAGCAGUUUGUGACAGGAGGCAACAAGUUGCUUCUGUAUGAGAGGAACUGGUUGAACCGUUGGAAGACGUCUGUUCUGCACGAGGGGGAAGGCACCAUCACCAACGUGAAGUGGAGAGCCAAUCUGAUCGCCUGGGCCAACAACGUGGGGGUGAAAAUUUAUGACUUCAGCACUAAGCAGCGGAUCACUAACGUCCUGCGGGACAACACCAGUCUCAGACCCGACAUGUAUCCCUGCAGCCUGUGCUGGAAAGACAACACCACACUCAUCAUCGGGUGGGGCAACGCAGUCAAGAUAUGUGUAGUGAAAGAGAGGGACCCUAUGGAAAUGAGAGAUCUACCCAGUCGCUAUGUGGAGAUCGUGUCUGCGUUUGAAACCGAGUUCUUCAUCAGCGGACUGGCCCCGCUGGCUGACCAGCUGGUGACGCUGUACUACGUUAAAGAAAACUCUGAGCAAAUGGAGGAAGAGUUCAGGGCACGUCCCCGUCUGGACAUUAUUCAGCCGUUACCGGAGAGCUGUGAGGAGAUCUCCUCUGACGCGCUGACUGUCCGCCACUACCAGGAGAAUGAGUGCAGAGACUACAGACUGGAACAUGCUGAAGGAGAGUCCCUGUUCUACAUUAUCAGUCCCAAAGACAUUGUCCUUGCCAAAGAGAGAGAUCAGGAUGAUCACAUCGACUGGCUGCUAGACAAGAAGAAAUAUGAGGAGGCCCUGAUGGCAGCAGAGAUCAGCCACAAAAACAUUAAAAGACAUGACGUUCAGAAAAUCGGGAUGUCGUACAUUAAUCACCUGGUGGAGAAAGGAGACUACGACACCGCGGCCAGGAAGUGUCAGAAAGUGUUGGGGAAGAACAUGGACCUCUGGGAAAAUGAAGUCUACAGAUUUAAAACCAUCGGACAGUUGAAGGCCAUUAGUCAGUAUUUACCUAGAGGAGACCUGCGUCUCCGGCCAGCCAUUUACGAGAUGAUCCUGCACGAGUUUCUGAAGACGGAUUAUGAAGGUUUCGCCACGCUCAUUAGGGAGUGGCCCGGAGAACUUUACAACAACAUGACUAUUGUUCAGGCAGUGGACAGCCACCUAAAGAAGGACCCGAAAAACAGCACGCUGUUGACCAUCCUGGCUGAACUAUACACGUAUGAUCAGCGGUAUGACCGAGCACUGGAGAUCUACCUGAAACUCCGACACAAAGACGUCUAUCAGCUCAUCCACAAACACAACCUCUUCAGCUCCAUCGAGGACAAAAUCGUCCUCCUCAUGGACUUCGACACAGAGAAAGCUGUGGACAUGCUUCUGGAUAACGAAGAUAAAAUAUCGACAGACAGAGUGGUGGAGGAACUGAAAGACAGACCAGAGCUUUUACAUGUGUACUUGCAUAAGCUCUUCAAGAGAGACCACCACAAGGGUCAGAAGUACCAUGAGAGACAGAUCAGUUUGUACGCAGAGUACGACAGACCCAACCUGUUACCUUUUCUCCGAGACAGCACCCACUGUCCACUGGAGAAGGCUCUGGAGAUUUGCCAACAGAGGAACUUUGUGGAGGAGACGGUCUUCCUCCUGAGUCGCAUGGGAAACUGCAGACAGGCCCUGAAGAUGAUCAUGGAGGAGCUUGAGGACGUUGAUAAGGCCAUCGAGUUUGCCAAGGAACAGGACGACGCUGAACUCUGGGAAGAUCUCAUCUCCUACUCCAUAGACAAACCCCCUUUCAUCACAGGACUGCUGAAUAACAUUGGAACUCAUGUGGAUCCCAUCAUUCUAAUCCACCGCAUUAAAGAGGGCAUGGAAAUCCCCAACCUCAGAGACUCUCUGGUCAAAAUCCUACAGGACUACAAUUUACAGAUCUUGCUGCGUGAAGGCUGUAAGAAGAUCCUGGUGGCAGACUCCCUUUCUCUCCUCCAAAAAAUGCACAGGACCCAAAUGAGGGGGGUCAGGGUUGAUGAGGAAAACAUCUGCGAAUCGUGCCACACGGCGAUAUUACCUUCAGACACAGCCCAGCAGUUCAGUGUCGUAGUUUUCCACUGUCGACACAUGUUCCACAGGGAAUGCCUGCCUUCUCCGGGAACAAUCCCGGGCGCCCAGUUCUGUAAUAUUUGCAGCGCCAAGAGGAGAGGACCGGGUAGCGGAUUCCCAGAGAUCAAGAAGUAGAAACUGGACCCUGUUCUGCUUGACACUGGAGCACUAUUUUAAAAAAAGGCUUAUGUUGAAACAUGGAAUAGCUACAUUCGACGCAUUACUUUGCACGUUGUCACAAUGAGCAUGCUGAUGGGAUAAACAGAAAGUCUCCUUGCUAACGAGAAGACCGAACUAACUCGAUCGAAUUAAGACUGUACUAAUAUUUCCUAUUUAUACCUGUACGUUGUUUUUGAUUUUGUCUCCAUUUUGCGUUUAUAAAACAGAAUUCGCCGGCUAA